GCUAAGUUAGUUUCAGUUUAAGUUUAGGGAUGUCCAUUUAUAUCGGCAGCAGUUCGUAACUGAAACUGUAAAAUGAGGCAACCAUUGUCAAAAAAAAGUUUUUUUCUGACAGCUUUUAGCAUUGCAUUGGCUCGUGUUUCAUAUUGUUCCUCAGAAAAUGUCCAGGUUGUUUAUCCGCGCAGAAAUAUACCUGCGCUUGCAAAAUAUUUUGGUACAAAAAGCAGAUACGAGGAAGUAAAUCCAUAUCUACUGGAUGACAUACUUGCUGUAAACAAAUCUCUUUUGAAACCUCCGUCUAUCGAUUGUAUCCCAGUACAUCUUACCGCAGUCAUUAGGCAUGGCACGAGAUAUCCAACAACAAAAAAUGUCAAAAAGAUACAGCGUCUCUACGAUCUUGUAUCAAGAGAGGCAGCGAACGGCGAGAAAUGGCUACAUGACAUUAAAACUAAAUGGAAGAUGUGGUACACUGAGGACAUGGAUGGUCAGCUUGUAGAAAAGGGCCGCGAUGAUCACAGGCACUUAGCUGUCAGACUGGCCUCAUUAUUCCCAUCUUUGAUCUCUGAAGAAAAUCUCCGAAGCAAUCGUAUUAAAUUCAUAACCAGCUCAAAACAUAGGUGUGUGGACAGCACGGUUGCUUUUAUAGAAAGCAUGAAGAAUAUCUGGAAGGUAAAAGACAUGGACUUCAGCUAUGAAGUCAAUGACCAACUGAUGAGAUUCUUUGACCACUGCAGAAGAUUUAUCGAAGAUGUGGAGAACAACGAGAUGGCCCUGAAAGAGGUUGAUUUGUUCUCGUCCACAGCAGAAAUGAAGGAAGUCCAGAUGAAUAUGGCCAAUCGACUACAGCUGCAGUACAGUACAAUUACUCCAGAUUUGGUUGAGGCUGCAUUCUACCUGUGCUCCUAUGAGUUUUCCAUUAAAUCUGUUAACUCACCAUGGUGCAAUAUCUUCGAUGACGUGGAUGCUAAAGUGCUCGAGUAUGCACAUGACCUGAAACAUUACUGGAAGAGGAGCUAUGGUCACGACAUCAAUCGCAAAUCUAGCUGUCCUCUCUUUCACGAUGUGUUCAUUCGUCUUGAUCAGGCUGCUCACGAGAUCAGGUUCGGCCAUGUGACCGAGGCCGUCACAGUGCAGGUGGGUCACGCCGAAACCCUGUUGCCUCUGCUCUCUCUCAUGGGCUUCUUCAAGGAUGAGAUGCCCCUGACCGCCGACACCUUCAGCCUGCAGGGAAACCGCUCCUUCCGCACCGGCCACAUGCUGCCCUACGCGGCCAACCUGGUCUUCGUGCUGUACGACUGUGGAGACGGCCUCAGGCUGCAGUUUCUGCUGAACGAAAGGCCCCUGACCUUCCCUAGCAUCGGCCACUCAGCCCCUCUCUACCAGACCGUCAGGGAGCAUUACAGGGACCUGCUGGAGGACUGCAACUUUGAGAAAGAGUGUGAGCUUCCCAAAACCAGCUGCAGCAAGUGCUCCGAGCUGUGAUGCACCGGGAGCCCAAAGCUGUGUGAGUGGCGGGCUUUGGAGGAGCUGUGGUGGCCUUGGUGUGCAAAUAUGGUCAAAUGGGAAUGCCAACAACUCACUCUCAACAAAAUGAGGUCUUUGCUUUAUGGUUUUAUUUCCAUUACAUUCCUAAUUACAGCCUCCAUGUGAUUGUUUACUUGUUCUUCUCCAAGGGAUACACUGGAAAUUAAGUUAAAUUCAGAUUUCAAGAUCUGAUUUCUGUUAUGUGCCUGGGAUUUUCCACUCUACCUCUAAACUUUAAACUCUAAAUCUAUACCAAAUAGUAUCCAAAGUGUGAAGGCUUUAUCAUGGCUGCAAAAAAUUUUUUAUUUCUCAAUAAGAAUAUAGUUUAUUUACUAUAAAGUUCUUAGUACAGGUGUGUUGGGCCAAGUAAUAGGCAAUAGUGUACACACUCAGUGAGCACUUUAUUAGGUACACUGGCUUGUUAAUGCAAAUAUUUAAUCAGCCAAUCAUGUGGCAGUGACUAAAUGCAUAAAGGCAAAAUGCAUAAAGGCAUGCAGACAUAGUCAAGAGGUUCAGCUGUUUUUCAGAACAAAUGCCAGAAUGGGGAUGAAAUGUGAUCUAAUUGACUUUGACCGUGGAUUGAUUGUUGUGCCAGACAGGGUGAUUUGAAUUGCUCAGAAACCGCUGAUCAUGCACAACAACAGUCCCUAGAGUUUGCAGAGAAUGGUGCGAAAAACAAAAAACAUCCAGUGAGCAGCAGUUCUGCAGGCAAAAACACCUUGGCAAAUAACCACACAUUAUAAUAGUGGUAUGCAGAAGACCAUCUCUGAACACACAACAUGUCAACGUACAGCAUCAGAAAACCAGUAAGUUUUCACUCACUGAGUGUGCAGUAAGAGGAAAUAGAUUGGCGAGAAACCAAGGUUUGGUAAGAAAUAAUUAAUAAAAUAUAGUGCACAUUGUGUUCAGAUGAAUUAAUGCAUUUUUGGGAAUCACCCCAAAACAAAUAUUUCAGAAACCAGCUUACAUCUUUGCUUUGGCACUGAAGUACAUUAUUUUAUUAAUUGGCACAUGAACCUUAAAAUGAGAAGGCAAAAGAUUUGUCAGACUACUACAUAUGACUUUAUUAGAGCUCACUGGUUUACUGGCAUUAAUUUACUUGCACAAUUGCACUUAUCCAUGAAUACAGAGAUCUCUUGUAGAAACAACUGUUUAAUAUAUAACAAUAGGCAAUCUGUCAAAACACUGGACCUUGUAAACUUUCAAUGUAUCCUAGUUAGAUAGGAUUUAGAAAUUAAACCCCAGAGAAAACGUUUGGUUGUACAAAGAAAGUUUGUGAUCAUUAAAUGCCGUUAAAAAUGCUUAAAAACGGAAUAAAUGCUGUGGGUUUCUCCUUCAUAGAGCAUCCCAUGGAGCUCUUAAAUGGGCAUCUAGUCUGGAACUAUUUUGAACAUGUGUUUGCAUAGCUCUGUUUUUGUUUUUUGUUUUUUAGCUAUGAGCUUCAGUGAUUUUGCUUUGGAAAAAAAUAAGUUCGUCUGACAUUAUUUGUUGUUUUCAUCCUCAAGUUUUUCGGAAAUAAAUCAUGCAUUUAUACAA